UCUCCAUCUCACAAAAAGUAAUCCUCUAAUUCUUUGUUAUACUUUAAAAGGAAAACAAAUGAGUCUCUGAAAUUCAAACAUCAUUCGCGGAAGAAGUUCUCCUCUUUCACCUUCUUCAUUUAUUUUGAUCCAUUUUCUCCGUCUGCUUGACGUCCCAAUCUCACAAACGUAAAAAAUGGCGCCGAGUAGACGAGAUAUACAGCUUACACGGAUCACCGGACACAUCCUUGGUUCUUCGGAGGAUGCGGAGAACGAAGAGAUGGAGGGAGUUCGUCUUCUUGAUUCGUAUGAUGACGACGAAGAGAACGCUCAUUUUCUUAGUAAGAUAGAGGGAGGAGGAAGCGGAGAUUCCGGUUUGAGGAAGAUUCAGGUCGGAGUAACCGGUAUGACUUGUGCUGCUUGUUCUAAUGCCGUCGAAGGAGCUUUGAUGAGCGUUAGUGGCGUAUUCAAAGCCUCUGUCGCUUUACUACAGAACAGAGCCGAUGUUGUUUUCGACCCCAAAUUAAUCAAGGAAGAGGACAUUAAAGAAGCUAUAGAGGAUGCUGGAUUUGAGGCAGAGAUUCUAGCAGAGCCUGUUACUGCCGGGACCAAGACAACUUUGGUGGGACAGUUUACUAUUGGAGGCAUGACAUGCGCAGCUUGUGUUAACUCAGUUGAAGGCAUUCUAAAAGACCUUCCUGGAGUCAAAAGAGCAGUGGUGGCUUUAGCUACAUCCUUAGGAGAAGUCGAGUACGAUCCUAACCUAAUCAACAAAGAUGAUAUCGUGACUGCGAUCGAAGAUGCUGGCUUCGAGGGCUCCCUAGUGCAGAGCAACCAGCAGGACAAACUCCUUUUAAGAGUCGACGGUGUGCUAAACGAGCUUGACGCUCAGGUUCUUGAAGGCAUACUUACGAGAUUGAAAGGGGUUAGGCAGUUUCGCGUUGACAAUUUGUCAGGAGAGCUUGAUGUGGUGUUUGAUCCGGAGGUUGUGAACUCGAGAACGUUGGUUGAUGAUAUUGAAGGAGAAGGUUAUGGGAAGUUCAAGUUACGUGUCAUGAGCCCUUACGAAAGGUUGACUUCUAAAGACACUGGAGAGGCUUCGAAUAUGUUUCGUCGUUUUAUCUGCAGUCUUUCUCUGGCUAUCCCUCUCUUCUGUAUCCAAGUAAUCUGCCCCUACAUUGCUGCUUUGAAUAACGUACUGGAAUGGAGAUGUGGACCCUUCAUGAUGAGUGACUGGUUUAAAUGGGGCCUAGUAAGUAUUAUUCAGUUUGUUAUUGGCAAGCGCUUCUACGUUGCUGCAUGGAGAGCUCUUCGAAACGGUUCAACUAACAUGGAUGUUCUGGUCGCUCUGGGCACGUCCGCGUCUUACUUCUACUCUGUUGGGGCUCUUUUAUAUGGUGCAGUCACCGGGUUCUGGUCACCGACGUACUUUGAUGCAAGCGCUAUGUUGAUAACAUUUGUCUUGCUGGGAAAGUAUUUAGAAUCUCUUGCAAAAGGGAAAACUUCAGAUGCUAUGAAGAAACUAGUACAACUUACUCCAGCAACCGCCGUUUUACUUAUCGAUGGCAAAGGAGGGAAGUUUGUAGGGGAAAGGGAGAUAGAUGCGUUGCUAAUUCAGCCUGGUGAUUCAUUAAAAGUUGUUCCUGGUGGGAAGAUCCCUGCGGAUGGUGUUGUUGUGUGGGGCUCAAGUUACGUCAAUGAAAGUAUGGUGACUGGUGAAUCAGUUCCUGUAUCUAAAGAAGUUGGUUCACCAGUGAUCGGAGGUACUAUUAACACGCAUGGUGCUCUUCACAUUAAAGCUACAAAAGUGGGAUCUGAUGCAGUUCUAAGCCAGAUUAUUAGUUUGGUCGAGACGGCACAGAUGUCUAAAGCUCCUAUCCAGCAAUUUGCAGACUAUGUUGCUAGUAUCUUUGUUCCUGUAGUGGUUACUUUGGCGUUGAUCACCUUAGUGGGCUGGUCAAUUGCUGGAGCUGUUGGAGGUUAUCCAGAAGAAUGGAUACCGGAAAACGGAACUCACUUUGUGUUCUCGCUUAUGUUCUCAAUCUCUGUUGUGGUAAUCGCCUGCCCUUGUGCACUUGGCUUGGCAACACCAACCGCUGUCAUGGUGGCAACAGGAGUUGGUGCAACCAAUGGUGUACUGAUCAAAGGAGGUGAUGCAUUGGAGAAAGCUCACAAACUGAAAUAUAUAAUAUUCGACAAAACAGGCACUUUAACUCAAGGGAAAGCCACCGUGACAACCGCAAAAGUCUUCUCAAAGAUGGACCGUGGAGAGUUCCUCACACUUGUUGCUUCUGCUGAGGCUAGCAGUGAACACCCCUUGGCAAAAGCUAUAGUGGACUACGCUCGCCAGUUCCACUCCAUUGAUGAAUCAGCUGAAGACAGCAAAGAGUCUCAAAACUCUGGAUGGUUACUCGAUACAUCAGAUUUCUCUGCUCUUCCCGGGAAAGGGAUUCAGUGCUUAGUCAACAACAAGAUGAUUCUGGUGGGAAACCGUAAACUUAUGUCGGAAAACUCCAUAACCAUCCCAGACCACGUUGACAAGUUUGUUGGGGAGCUUGAAGAAAGCGCAAGGACGGGAGUCAUUGUAGCCUAUAACGGCGAACUAGUUGGCGUGAUGGGAAUCGCUGAUCCGCUAAAGCGAGAAGCCCCUAUGGUUGUGGAACUUCUCCGUAGAAUGGGUGUUCGUUCCAUAAUGGUUACAGGUGAUAACUGGAGAACAGCAAGAGCCGUUGCCAAAGAGGUUGGUAUCGAAGACGUGAGAGCGGAAGUAAUGCCAGCGGGGAAAGCUGAAGUGGUCCGUUCACUGCAAAAAGACGGAAGCACGGUUGGGAUGGUUGGAGAUGGAAUCAAUGACUCGCCGGCUCUAGCCGCUGCGGACGUGGGAAUGGCUAUCGGUGCAGGGACUGAUGUAGCGAUAGAAGCAGCUGAUUACGUUCUGAUGAGAAACAACUUGGAAGAUGUUAUUAUAGCCAUCGAUCUCUCGAGGAAAACUUUAACAAGAAUCCGGAUGAAUUACGUUUUCGCCAUGGCUUACAACGUAGUGUCGAUCCCUAUAGCAGCAGGAGUGUUCUUCCCGCUUUUGCGAGUGCAACUGCCGCCAUGGGCCGCGGGAGCAUGCAUGGCACUCUCUUCGGUUAGUGUAGUUUGCUCUUCUUUGCUUCUUAGGAGAUACAAGAAGCCAAGCCUUAACUCUAUUGUGGAAAUCACCAAAGAGUAAGUUUCUUUUUUCUUAUUGGAGUGGUUGACUUACUUCUGUUGUGGAAAAUGAGUAAAUAAUGUGUAUUUACUUUUUGUUUAUUUUGGUUGUUACUGUAACCAUGUUAAUCACGAAUAUAUUGGCCAUGAGAUGAUUCUUAUGAUCUUAUCUGUA